GGACAUUGUCUGUGCUUUAAUCUUUUUGAUAACUGUGAACUUGAAUUUACUUUAGUCACGAGGUUAUCGUAAACCCUAAAAAUUACAGAUGCCUGGACCUCAGAAAAGAAAGAAGCAUCACGUAGGUGACACAUUUUAUAAAAGGAAUUAUAAAACCAAGUACAGAGCUAGAGAUAUUGAUGAGGUUGACAAUGAUUUAAGGAAAGAAAAUGCUGACCGUCUAUUAAAGCAAGCCCUUGAUUUUGAUAAGCCUGGAGAGGGACAGCAUUAUUGUAUACAUUGCGCGCGGUACUUUUUAAGUGAACAAGUAUUAAAAGACCAUUUUCGAACUAAGUUACAUAAAAAACGUAUAAAAGAACUAAAAUUUGAACCUUACAGUAUAGAAGAAUCUGAACGUGCAGCAGGUUUUGGAAGCUAUGUUGCUCCUAAGGAAAGAAUAAUUUCUACUCAACCUUUAAACAUUGAAGAAUAUAAAGAGCCUGAACAAGUUGAUAUUGGUUCUUUAAACAUAGAUGUAUAAAAUGAUUAAAAAAUUGUCCAAUAACUUUUUUAAUUGUAUUACUUUACCUAGAUUGUAUACUACAUCUAAAUUAUAUAUACCUUAUAACAAAA